GAUAUUAUAAGCUUCCACACUCAACAAUCAGUGCAAACCAGCACAUUCCAUCGCUACUGGUCUUUCUAGCGAGGACCCAACUCCCAUCCAAACACCAAUUUGCGUUCCCUCGCACCUCAUACCUGGAAUUUCAACACCUGAAGUAGCCCAAAUAGUAUUCACUCGGUCGGCUUUGCACGAUGGCCCACUCGGCUUUUUGCAUCGCCAUGGCGCUUGGCCUUCUGUGCCGCGCGGCGGUCGCCAUCGACGCAGCCCAGUCUACCGCCAGCUCUAGCCAGGACGCCUUCGUCGGCGAGAAAUUGCUCCACCGGUGGCGGGAGAUGCUGUCCGCCCGCGCGGACAAGGGCGAGCCGGCCCCCUCGGUCUUCGAGCAGGCCUUCACCGCCACCUUCACCAGCAAGCAGGAGGGCGAGGUGGAGCGCACGCUGGAGCAGUUCUCGCAGCUGAUGGCCUGGGUGGACACCACGCCGUCGCCCAACGCCACGCAGCUGGCCUUCCUGCCCGAGCUGCGCUCCGACGCCGCUCGUGAGUUGGCGGCGCUGGCGCUCGCGCUCGCCAAGAGCGAGGGCGCCGACGCCAAAGCGCUGGUCGCCUCGCUGAACGCCAUCAGCGCCAAGCUGCAGUCCGCCUCCUCCUGGCGCGGCUACGCCGCCGGCCGGCGCAUGCUGGUCGGCGCCAUCCUCAAGAAGCGCAUGGACUUUGGCGGCCGCUUCCCGCUCGAGGUGCAGGCCGCCGUGGACGCGGUGAUGCUGCAGCUGUUCCAGAUGCACAAGCUGUCGGUGGCCAACCGCGGCGCCGUGCAGUUCUUCCACGUGUCCAAGUCGGGCGGCACCAACCUGUGCCAGAGCGCGGAGGCAAACGGCUGUGCCAGCCAGGGCUUUGACACGCGCACCAACUGCCUCAUUCGCGAUUUUGCCGACCAGCCGCGCUGGGUGACCUACAACGCGCACAAGUACGUGCAGUACCGCAUGAGCAGCCGCCAGGCGCUGCCCUGGUUCGUCAACUUCCACACCUACCGCGCGGAGCUCACCUGCGACCAGCGCCGCGCCUACCUGCUGCGCAACGGCCUCACCUUUUACGCCAACGAGUACACCAACCCGCCCACCGGCAUCCCCGCCGGCGCCUCGGCCGAGGAGGCGGAGGCCGCCACCAGCGGCAUGUGCGAGGACUUUGUCAACCUCAUCAUGUUCCGCCACCCGCACGACCGCCUGCGCUCCCAGAUCGGCUGGGUGCAGAAGCUGUACAAGGAGUUCUAUCUGGACACCGACACCCAGAAGUCCUUUGUGAACCGCACCACCGGCUUCUGGGAGCGCCUCAUGCCCGCCGGCGUGAACAACUACUACAUCCGCUCGCUGCUGGGCCAGCGCUUCUUCGAGUUCCCCGUCACCCAGGUCCUGCCUCAGCACGUGACGCUGGCCAAGCUGGCGGCGCUGCAGCACGACAUCCUGCUGUCGUUGGACGCCAAGCCGCGCAACGAGCUGGCGCUGCGCGUGGGCCUGGGCUGGGCGCAGGCGCUGCGCGACGACGUGAUCCGCUCCUCCGCCGAGCUGGGCGACGCCGUGGCGCUGCCCAUUGACUAUACCACCAUGCUUGAGCGCAACGCGCCGGACGUGGAGGUCUACAACUUCGCGCGCGAGAUGCAAGCGCUGGACACGCUGCUGUGGAACUUCGUGUCCAUCGCCGACGCGCAGCUGGGCGGCGGCUCCAACCUGAGCAGCGACAAGUGCGGCUAUGUGAGCAUGGGAACGGAAGCGGCCGUGCAGGAGCGUGAGAAGCGCUACGCCGAUGUGGUCAUCCCCGCCUCCAGCCUGCGCACCGGCGGCGUGGGCGUGAACGGCGUGACCGGCGCGCCGCCCGCUGACACCGCGGACGCCGCCGCCGCCGCCGUGCGCGCCGCCGACAGUGCUAACGUGGAGGGCGAGCAGCAGCCGGCUGGGGCGAAGGAGGAGGAAAUGAGCACCGGCACUGGCAAGUCUGUGCUGCGUGGCGCCGCUGACAGCAGCAGCAGCAGCAGUACCGACACUACCAGCAAGCGCGUCAUCUCGAUCAGCCGCCGCACACGCAGCAGCAGCCACCGCCGCAUGCUGCACUAGAGUGCCGAUGAUUGUUCGCACUGCAGCAGCGUGUGUGUGCGUGGACUGUGUGGUGUGCAAUGAGUGUGGCGUGUGCAGGAGAGCGCAAGCAACUUUGCAGUGGAUGGAUAGUGCAAUGUGGUGAAGGUCGUGAACUAGCGCCGCUGAUUGGGCGGCAACGUAGAUGACGAGCAGGAGGGCCAUCCAUAUCUGUGGCUGUACGAUCAUAUACAGCAGACAAGAAAUAGGCAUGCAUAUAUCACUUAGCGUAUGAUUCUAGCCACCUACUCUAGCAAGCGUGAUUGAUUCCAACGAAGUAAUUGAUUGGGCAUAUGACAACAUGACACUAGACGCCGCGCCGAUUGUGCCGGCAGUAGCGAGAGGCAUGCCAAGCGCCCAAAUGGCUGCGAAGCGCCUCAAUGAUUGGAGAGCCGAGUGGUGGCCGCGCCGCAAGGCACGUAGCAUCACAAGCCUUUACAGGCAUCCCCUGCUGAUGACCUGGGCUGAUGAAUGGAAUGAAGAACGUGUCCCGUGAGGCGGUGACCGGCAAGCAUACCGAGCCUGUCAUGCCAACAUCGCUGUAACCUCUCGAGGUCUG